ACAGAGGAAGGAGUGGUACUGUAGUGGAGUAGGGAGGGGUUCACAGAAUCUCCAGCCGCAAAGGAUACUGCAGAUUCCGCAGCCCAUUCAAAAUCUCUCGCCACCACCACCACCUCCUCCUCCUCCUCGACGAUUCCAAAACCAUCGAUCCGCUCGCCCCGCCGCCGACCAACCCCUCCUCCGAAUCCAUCGACCAACCCCAUCUCCAUCUCCAUCUCCUCGCCGCGAGAUUCUCCGCUUCCCGCGUGCACCGUGCGUGCGGAAGCUUCACCUUCCCCCUCUCUGCCCCCCGCCACCUCCUUCCUUGCCGCCUCCCUGAAGGAAGAGGAGUCCAAGAAACGGCAGCGCGAGGAGGCCGCGGCCAUGGUGCAGAGGAAGGUGGUGCGCAAGAAGCCCAAAGAUUCUGUGGGGGAGGUGGAUCACGUGCGGGGUGGCGGCGGCGCCGGUGAUCCUGGGAGCAGGGGAGGAGGAGGAGGCGGCGGCGGCGUUGUGCGGGCGGCGGUGCUCCCAAACUACAUGAGGGCGACGAGUAGCUCCGGCGCGAGGGCUGGACGGGAGGCGGCGGGUACUACCGCCGCGCCGCCGCGGAAGCGGGAGGCGGUGGGAGCGAAGGUGGCGUUCGCCGGGGCUCCGUACGUGAGCAGGGCGACGUGCUCCUCCGCCAUGAGGGGGCUCGGCCUCGGCCUCCCCGGCGGCGGUGAGGCGCACGUCUGCCCGUACUCCUACUGCUCCUUCAAAUGCCACGCGCCCGUGGUUCCCCUGAGAAGCCUCGUGGCGUCGCGGAGGCGGCUGAUCAAGACGCAGCAGAGCAUGAAGCUCAAGGGCGCGUCACCGUUCCGCAAGGCCGGCAAUGGCGGCGGCGGCGCUGAUGGCUUGUUUGUCGAGAUAUACUCCGGCGCCACCGCAGCCGCACCAGCGGCGAGCUCCGACUGCAGUGAUCUCUCCACGGAAGACAUGGCUGCGGCGGUCAGGGAGGGGGAGUAUGCCGGGUUCGAUCACCGGAGUCGCGGGGAUGGCGACGAGGACAAGGCGAAGGACUCGGAUGGCUCGGUGGACGGUUCUUGCGGGUCCAGUGAUGUGAUCUCGGGUGGUUCGGUCGAUUUGUUCGUGACGAAAUCUCGCGGCUGCAAACAAGAGAUCGAUGGGGAGAAGUGGAUUUACAUGGAUCAAGAAGCAGAAGACUUUGGUGCCUGCAAGUCAGAUAUUUCUGAGGAGCUGGAUGCAAAAUAUGAAGAUGGCGGCGGCGAUGCUUCACAUGAAUCUUCAGUUGAUGACAUAUCCUCUGCAUUCGGUGGAAUGAACUUCAAAGAUGUAUGUUCUGAUCAUACUGGUGCAGCAAGCAGUCAGAGAAAAAGGUGGAACAUUGCCAGGGGGAGAACAUCUGAACAGGGCAAGCAAAUGCGUCCCUUCAAUCCCAGAGCUCCAAACUUCCUUCCAGUGGAACCUGAUCCAGAGGCUGAAAAGGUUGAUCUCAGGCAUCAGAUGAUGGGUGAUCGAAAGAAUGCUGAGGAGUGGAUGGUUGAUUAUGCGCUUAGGAGGACAGUGCAUAAAUUAGCUCGCGCUCAGAAGAGGAAAGUUGAGAUGCUUGUCCAGGCCUUUGAAACUGUUCUACCACCAGUUGGCAAUGAUAAGAAGUCUGUGCAACAUGUUGAUAAAACAAGCUUCACACUUGCGAAGUCUUUGCAAACAUCGAGCUGACCGAUGUUAGAGGUCUUGUUGCGCUUUGCGCCUCAGCUGGAACUAAUCACCAUCUCAAGGUUUUGGUCACUGCGAUAUUAGUGCCAGAGACCUUCUGGACAACGAUAGAGCUUUUCUUCUUAUCACUGAGGUGAUGAGACCUCGAUCUGGUAGUUGAACCUUAUGGUGGAGCACACUGAGUUGAUAAGUGUAGUACCUUAGGCCAAUGUACAUUUUAAGUCUCGUAUGCUCUUGUUGAUAUAGUAUUAGUGAUCAAUAGUAAGUGUACGAGACUUGCUAACUGGCAAGAUUGGAAUGUAUUCCUUGGGCAAAGAUCAAUAAAACUCCUAUUCACA